CAAAGCAAAUCGGCUGUGAGAUUGAAGGAGGACAUGAAAAAGAUAGCAGCACUUCCACUGAACAAACAGAGGGACACAACCUGUCCAAAGGUGUUUGGUGUGAGUCUUCUGGAGCUCCAGCAGCAGGGACUGAGCAAGAACGGCAUCCCAAUAGUUGUGUGGAACAUAGUCGAGUACCUCACCCAGCAUGGUAUGACGCAGGAAGGCCUCUUCAGGGUGAAUGGCAGCAUGAAAACGGUAGAACAGUUGCGUCUGCAAUACGAGCGUGGAGAAGAGGUGGAACUUGUUAGAGAUGGUGAUGUGUACUCAGCAGCCAGUCUGUUGAAAUUAUUUUUGAGAGAGUUGCCAGAUGGGAUUAUCACCUCCGCCUUACAUCCCAGGUUCAUUCAGCUUUACCAGGACACUAGAAACGACAUGCAGAAGGAAAGCAACUUGAAAGAGCUCCUUAAAGAACUGCCUGAUGCUCAUUACUGCCUUCUGAAGUACCUGUGCCAGUUCCUGAUAAAGGUUGCUGAGCAUCAUGUAGAGAACAGGAUGAACCUUUGCAAUCUUGCCACUGUAUUUGGACCAAACUGCUUUCAGUAA